AUAUAGACCAUAGAGUAAGAGACAGUCAUACAAACCCUAGCAGUCUCUCUUCCUCUCGCCAUUUCUCUCUUCAUUUCUCUCUCUAUCAGACCUUAACCCAUGGCUUCACGGAGGCUUUUAGCCUCUCUCCUCCGAUCAUCUCUACAUCGAUCACCCUCCAAAUCUCCAUUCAGAAGCACUAGAAGCCCCACAUCUUUUCCCUCGCAUCGCCCUUCUCCCAAGGGUUUCCUCCUCAACCGAGCUGUAGACUUCGCCACCUCCGCCCCAGCUCAGUCGCAGCCUCCGGCCCCUCCAUUUUUGAGUAGCAGUGGCCUCAGUGGCAAGAUCCAUGACGAAUUCACUGGAGCCGGCUCCAUCGGGAAGGUGUGCCAGGUUAUCGGAGCUGUCGUUGACGUGAGGUUCGAUGGGGGGCUUCCGCCGAUCCUGACGGCGCUGGAGGUCCUGGACAACUCGAUCCGGCUGGUGUUGGAGGUUGCACAGCAUUUGGGAGAGAGCGUGGUGAGGACCAUUGCCAUGGAUGGUACCGAAGGGCUUGUGCGUGGGCAGAAAGUUCUCAACACUGGUUCGCCCAUCACUGUACCUGUUGGUAGGACCACUCUUGGCCGUAUCAUGAAUGUCAUUGGAGAGCCUAUUGAUGAGAAAGGCGAUUUUAAAACCGACCACUUUUUGCCCAUUCAUCGAGAAGCUCCAUCUUUCGUCGAGCAAGCGACUGAACAACAGAUCCUUGUUACUGGAAUCAAGGUGGUUGAUCUCCUUGCGCCAUACCAGAGAGGUGGAAAGAUUGGUCUAUUUGGUGGUGCUGGUGUAGGAAAAACAGUGCUUAUUAUGGAACUUAUUAACAAUAUUGCAAAAGCCCAUGGUGGUUUCUCUGUAUUUGCUGGUGUUGGAGAGCGUACUCGAGAGGGUAAUGAUUUGUACAGAGAAAUGAUUGAGAGUGGUGUCAUUAAGCUUGGCGAUAAGCAGAGUGAGAGCAAAUGUGCUCUUGUGUAUGGUCAAAUGAAUGAGCCCCCCGGUGCUCGUGCUCGUGUUGGGCUUACUGGGUUGACUGUGGCUGAGUACUUCAGAGAUGCUGAAGGGCAAGAUGUGCUUCUCUUCAUUGAUAACAUUUUCCGCUUUACUCAGGCUAACUCUGAGGUGUCUGCUUUGCUUGGUCGUAUUCCAUCUGCUGUCGGUUACCAACCUACUUUGGCUACAGAUCUUGGAGGCCUUCAAGAGCGUAUCACUACAACUAAGAAAGGUUCCAUCACAUCUGUCCAAGCUAUUUAUGUGCCAGCUGAUGACUUGACGGAUCCUGCUCCUGCUACCACUUUUGCUCACUUGGAUGCCACGACUGUGCUAUCCCGACAGAUCUCUGAGCUUGGUAUUUAUCCUGCUGUCGAUCCUCUUGAUUCUACAUCUCGUAUGCUCUCUCCUCACAUUUUAGGAGAGGACCACUACAAUACUGCUCGUGGAGUACAGAAACUUCUUCAGGACUACAAGAAUCUUCAAGAUAUUAUUGCUAUUCUGGGAAUGGAUGAAUUAAGUGAAGAUGACAAAUUGAUUGUUGCCCGUGCUCGUAAAAUUCAACGUUUCUUGAGCCAGCCUUUCCAUGUUGCAGAAGUGUUCACUGGUGCCCCUGGCAAGUAUGUUGAUUUGAAGGAGAGCAUUGCCAGUUUCCAGGGAGUCUUGGAUGGAAAAUAUGAUGACCUUUCGGAACAGUCGUUUUACAUGGUUGGAGGAAUUGAAGAGGUCAUAGCCAAGGCAGAGAAGAUUGCCAAGGAAUCUGCAGCAUAAUCAAAUUAUAUUAUCGUUUCUUGUUUCCCUUCCGAUAAUUGCGAAAAUCAAUAAUUUAGUUUGUGUUGGUUGAUGCCAGCAUAAUGGAGUUGUAUUUUUUCUGAGACCCAAUGUAUCGGGAUUUUGCAUCCGUGUAUCUCCUUUGCAGGAUUGUGAUAGAGAAUGAAAGCCUUAGUCAUCCCAGCCAACCUUUGUGUUUUGUCUUUGGCAUCUAAUAAGGAGGAGAAACAAGUGGACAUGUAUAUUUUUCAAUGAAUUUCUUUUCAGAAUUUUUAA